UUUUCUCAAGUCAAGUCAAGUCAAGUUUAUUUGUCACAUACACAUACGAGAUGUGCAGUAAAAUGAAAAGUAACAAUGCUCGCGGACUUUGUGCAAAAAGACAAACAAACAAACAACCAAACAAACUACAGGUUCACAACCUUUUAUCCGAAAUUCCGGAAACCGAAAAGCUCCGAAACCCCGACAUUUUUUCCAGGAUGUUGUCUGCACACCAAAGCUCGCGUUUGCCGCCAAACGCACGUCACCUCUGCUGCUCACGGAUAUUUUGUUUAUUUUUUGCUUUUUUUCUUUUUUACUUUGAAGACGGUGAAAAUGUCAGAAAGAGCUGCAGAUUCCCCUAUGGAUAACAGGGAGAAGCAGAAAAGGAAGCAUCUGGCAUUAUCGAUAGCACAGAAAAUAGAGUUAUUGCAGAAGCUUGAUCGUGGUGAAUCUGUGCGGCGUCUUACUGAAGAUUACGGUGUGGGAACUACCACCAUACAUGACCUAAAGAAACAGAAACUUAAGUUGUUGAAGUUUUACAGUGACAGUGAUGACCAGAAACUAAUGAAAAAUAGGAAAACGCUGCAUAGGGCAAAAAACGAAGAUCAUGACCGUGUGCUGAUGGAGUGGAUUCGACAACGAAGAGGUGAGCGUAUGCCACUGACUGGUUUGAUGGUAAUGAAACAAGCUAGAAAAUACCAUGAAGAACUGAACAUUGGAGGCAAGUGUGAAUAUUCAGAAGGUUGGAUGCAGAAAUUUAAGAAGCGCCAUGGUAUAAAAUAUCUGAAAAUCUGUGGAGUAAAAGCUUCUGCUGCUUAUGAUGCAGCUGAACGUUACAUUGGUGAAUUUGCCAAGAUGGUAUCUGAUGAAAAGCUUAGUCCGGAGCAAAUAUACAAUGCUGAUGAAACAGCUCUCUACUGGCGCUACGUCCCUAGAAAAACAUUAACAACGGCUGAUGAAAGAGCACUAUCAGGAUUCAAGGACGCUAAGGACAGGGUGACUGUUCUUGGGUGUGUAAAUGCUGCAAGCACACACAUGUUAAAGUUGGCAGUGCUUGGAAAAAGCCAACAUCCAAGAUGUUUUAAAGGUGUAACAAAUCUACCUGUGCAUUAUUAUGCAAACAAGAAUGCAUGGGUAACCAGAGAAAUGUUUACCAAUUGGUUCAAUAACCAUUUCGUACCAGCUGCACGAGCUCAUUGUAGGAAAGCUGGACUGGUAGAAAACUGCAAGAUUAUAUUGCUCCUAGACAACUGUUCCGCACAUCCCCCUGCUGAAGUUCUUGUGAAAAAUAAUGUUUUUGGCAUUUAUCUUCCACCCAAUGCGACAUCUUUAAUACAGCCUUGUGACCAAGGAAUUUUGCGCUCAAUGAAGACAAUGUAUAAAGACUUUUUUCUGAACUGCAUGCUUGCUGCAGUCAACAGAGGCGUAGAUAUCGAAGACUUCCUGAAAGAGUUCACUCUUAAGGAUGCCAUUUAUGCACUUGUUAAUGCUUGGAAAGAUGUAACUAAAUCAACAUUAAAAAAUGCAUGGCACAAACUUUGGCCUACAACAAUGUCCGAUGAAAAUGAGCCGGCAGAUGAAGACUUUGAAGGAUUCCGUGUCACUGACGAGAAGAAGAUCAUAUCAAACCUCAUUGCUUAUGCCAAAAGUGUUGCAACAGAAAAUGUAAAUACGUUAGAGUCAGCUGAUAUCGAAGAAGUGCUGAAUGUUGACAAUGACGCACCUGUUGUGCAUUCCUUGAGUGAUGGAGAAAUUGCUGAAAUGGUGUUAGAUAACAAUAAGCAUGAGGAUAGCACAGGUAGUGAUGAGGAUGAUGACAUUGUGGACACAGGUGAAAAAAUGCCCAUAGAUGAUAUACUGCAUACGGUGAAAAUGUCAGAAAGAGCUGCAGAUUCCCCUAUGGAUAACAGGGAGAAGCAGAAAAGGAAGCAUCUGGCAUUAUCGAUAGCACAGAAAAUAGAGUUAUUGCAGAAGCUUGAUCGUGGUGAAUCUGUGCGGCGUCUUACUGAAGAUUACGGUGUGGGAACUACCACCAUAUACGACCUAAAGAAACAGAAACUUAAGUUGUUGAAGUUUUACAGUGACAGUGAUGACCAGAAACUAAUGAAAAAUAGGAAAACGCUGCAUAGGGCUAAAAACGAAGAUCAUGACCGUGUGCUGAUGGAGUGGAUUCGACAACGAAGAGGUGAGCGUAUGCCACUGACUGGUUUGAUGGUAAUGAAACAAGCCAGAAAAUACCAUGAAGAACUGAACAUUGGAGGCAAGUGUGAAUAUUCAGAAGGUUGGAUGCAGAAAUUUAAGAAGCGGCAUGGUAUAAAAUAUCUGAAAAUCUGUGGAGUAAAAGCUUCUGCUGCUUAUGAUGCAGCUGAACGUUACAUUGGUGAAUUUGCCAAGAUGGUAUCUGAUGAAAAGCUUAGUCCGGAACAAAUAUACAAUGCUGAUGAAACAGCUCUCCACUGGCGCUACGUCCCUAGAAAAACAUUAACAACGGCUGAUGAAAGAGCACUAUCAGGAUUCAAGGACGCUAAGGACAGGGUGACUGUUCUUGGGUGUGUAAAUGCUGCAAGCACACACAUGUUAAAGUUGGCAGUGCUUGGAAAAAGCCAACGUCCAAGAUGUUUUAAAGGUGUAACAAAUCUACCUGUGCAUUAUUAUGCAAACAAGAAUGCAUGGGUAACCAGAGAAAUGUUUACCAAUUGGUUCAAUAACCAUUUCGUACCAGCUGCACGAGCUCAUUGUAGGAAAGCUGGACUGGUAGAAAACUGCAAGAUUAUAUUGCUCCUAGACAACUGUUCCGCACAUCCCCCUGCUGAAGUUCUUGUGAAAAAUAAUGUUUUUGGCAUUUAUCUUCCACCCAAUGCGACAUCUUUAAUACAGCCUUGUGACCAAGGAAUUUUGCGCUCAAUGAAGACAAUGUAUAAAGACUUUUUUCUGAACUGCAUGCUUGCUGCAGUCAACAGAGGCGUAGAUAUCGAAGACUUCCUGAAAGAGUUCACUCUUAAGGAUGCCAUUUAUGCACUUGUUAAUGCUUGGAAAGAUGUAACUAAAUCAACAUUAAAAAAUGCAUGGCACAAACUUUGGCCUACAACAAUGUCCGAUGAAAAUGAGCCGGCAGAUGAAGACUUUGAAGGAUUCCGUGUCACUGACGAGAAGAAGAUCAUAUCAAACCUCAUUGCUUAUGCCAAAAGUGUUGCAACAGGAAAUGUAAAUACGUUAGAGUCAGCUGAUAUCGAAGAAGUGCUGAAUGUUGACAAUGACGCACCUGUAGUGCAUUCCUUGAGUGAUGGAGAAAUUGCUGAAAUGGUGUUAGAUAACAAUAAGCAUGAGGAUAGCACAGGUAGUGAUGAGGAUGAUGACAUUGUGGACACAGGUGAAAAAAUGCCCAUAGAUGAUAUGGUGAAACUGUGUGAUCAGUUAAUUGGUGGCAUGGAACAACAUACAUUUAUCAGUGCCCAUGAGAUUAUGGCAGUUUAUUCAAUCAAAGAGAGACUGCUUAGGCAGAAACCUCCGUUAAUGAGACAGAUGACACUGGAGGAAUUCUUUAAGCCCGAGAACGAUGGUCACCAUGGGAACGAUGUGAAGCACGAAGAUGAUGGUCGCCAUAACAACGUUGACGACAUUGAUAUUUCUCCAGGAUCCUCAAAAUAGUUGUUUUAUGCUUUUACUGCAUGUGCCUCAGAAGAAGAAAUGCAUAAUUGCCAAACCAAAUGUCCAGCCUGGCAAAGCUAGAGCUUACCUUGAAGUGAAUUUCUCUGUCAUGCCCGAGUCUACGAGGGAUCUUAAAAAUGGACACAUCUUUUACUUGUACAC